GCAUUGUUUUAUUAAAAUAUAAGAUGAACCAUGAUACUAACAUUCUGUUUAUCUUCCACCCCAAAAUAGAUUUUUUUCCUGGAAUGUCAUGUUAUAACCGUGUGGGAUCCUCCUCCUAAACCUCUCACAAUAUGUUCCCAGAGAUGGCUAAUGGUUAUUUUAUUUGGUCCUUAAGUAGGCUGUUCUUUUACGAAGGGAAGGAAUAAAAGCAUCGCGACAGGAAUUUGAUGAUAUAUAAAGCUACAUCCUACCCUCUUUACCGCCAUAACUUAUAUCACAAUGUAAACAAUUGGAUGGAGCCCUUCAUGUGAACGUAAAUGUACAAUUACACUGAAUAUUUUCUGUAAAGGGGCACUCCACUAAUUUCACGGAUAAAAACAGCUUUCACAUGAGCGGUGGCCUAAAACCUUUAUAUAUACAGUCUAUGCCUAAAGCUAAGGUAUUUACCACAACAAGUCCAACAAAGAUACAUUGUGAUGCUGCAUUAUGGGAAAUGUAUGAUCCAAUGUAUUUCCAGUCUGACACACAUAAAGCCAGGAUGUCUUGAUUUUAACAAUCUUUUGCUGACCGUCUGAGAUUACACUAAAGUAUGUGCACUUAUAAGUGGAGUAACCCUUUAUAAAAUGAGAUCAGAUGGACCUUGAUUGAUCAGGUGUUAUAGCAGCAACAGAAUAAGACAGAAACACAGAUAGUACACAUGGGCUAAUAAUAAUUAAAAUAAAAUAAAAUAAGAUCAAAUAAAAAUAUGCCGGCAGUUCAAUGCUUUUAAUAAAUAAAAGUGUGAAUCGGUCAAUAAUCAUCAUUAUUUCUUCCUAUAUCUGCUUGACUAUGCUCCACAAAUGUAAUAAUAUAUGACACUAAAGUAGGCCCACAUUAAAUCAGAAUGGAGUUUAUUGCCAGGUACCUUUACACAUAGGCUACAAGGAAUUAGCUUUGGUGACUGGUGGUGCGAUUGCGAACAUUAACAACAUAAGGAAAUAAGUUGUAAGAGAAGGUCGACAAUAUAACGAUUAUAAAUAUGUGUAUCUUUUGUUAUAGAGGUAAGAAUCAGAAUGUUGUACAGUAGGUGUGCGUCGUGUGUAUGGUGUAUUUGCAGCACUCUUUAUGAUAAAGGUGAAAGACAGGGGGUGUGCUCUCUCUCUCUCUCUCUCUCCUCCCUGCGCGUACAGUCCCGCUGUAUGACCGGAGCGCGUACACUCCCCGGCACGGAGCAGCUCUCUCUCUGUGAGCAGCUUUCCCCCUGUUAUUCGGUACCGGGUCUCCCGUGUGUAGAUGUAGCCGGUAACCGGAGCUCUCAGCGGCACUCUGCGGUCGCGUUUGCGCCAUGGAGGACUGCUGCUCCCCGGAAAGCGAGAGGAUGGAAGCGUGGCUGGACGACCACCUGGAGUUCUCUCACUCCUACUUUAUCAGGAAGGCGUCAAGGGAGAUGGUGAACGCCUGGUUCUCUGAGCGAGUUCACUCCAUCCAGCAGUCUUCCUGCAAAGAGAAUCCUCCACAGCAGCACUCCGGCCCCCCCUCUGCCUCCACCAUCCUCCCAACUACACUCCAGGACAGCCGCUGCCCGUCCCCCAUCCCCAUCCCCAGCCCGGCCCCUGGCACCCCCACCCGCAAGAUAUCAGCAUCAGAGUUUGACCGCCCGCUCAGACCCAUCGUGGUGAAAGACGCAGAGGGCUCUCUGACGUUCCUGAGUGAUGCCGAGACGGUCCCUCUGCGCGGCUCUGUGAUGGGCGAGGGGGGUAUCGGUGGGGGGGGCAGCGGGGCAGGAAGUGACCGCUGCGCCAGGCUGCUGGAGCUGGUGAUGGACGUGUCCAGUCAUCUGGACGUGACAGCACUCUGUCACAAGAUCUUCCUCCACAUCAACGAGCUGAUCGCUGCAGACCGCUACUCCCUGUUUCUGGUGGGCGAGGACAGUUCCAACAGGAAGUUCCUGGUCAGCCGUCUGUUCGAUGUGGCAGAGGGGUCCACGCUGGAGGAGUCCUCCAGCAGCUGCAUCCGGCUGGAGUGGAACAAGGGCAUUGUGGGACAUGUAGCCGCCACCGGACAGCCGCUCAAUAUCAAGAAUGCUUACGAGGACCCUAGGUUUAAUGCUGAAGUGGACCUGAUCACAGGAUACAGAACACAGAGUAUCCUGUGCCUUCCCAUAAAGAACCACAGAGACGAGGUAGUUGGAGUGGCUCAGGCGAUCAAUAAGAAAUGUGGGGAGGACAGUGCCUUCACUGAGCAGGAUGAGAGGGAUUUCUCAGCCUAUCUGGCCUUUUCAGGCAUCGUCCUGCACAACGCCCAGCUCUACGAGACCUCUCAGCUGGAAAACAGACGCAAUCAGGUGCUGUUAGACCUGGCCAGUCUGAUCUUUGAGGAGCAGCAGUGUCUGGAGGUUCUGCUGAGGAAGAUCGCAGGAACCAUCCUGUCCUUCAUGCAGGCCCAGGCCUGUACCGUGUUCACCACUGAGGACGAGUCCAUGCAUGAGUGGUAUAAGGGGAAAAGUUACGGCUACUCCGCUGAGGGAUAUCACCAGUUCAAAAAAGGAAACAUACUUUUUCAGCAACAAUGCCCUCAGUCCGGCACUUCAACACCCAUCAUGUGUGUGUGUCAGCUAGUGAACAAGAUGGAUGAAGCUUCAGGCAGUGUGAAGGCCUUCAACAGGAACGAUGAGCAGUUCCUGGAGGCCUUCGCCAUCUUCUGUGGUCUAGGAAUUCAGAACACACAGAUGUACGAGACAGUGGAGAGAGCCAGGGCCAAGCAGCAGGUCACUCUGGAGGUGUUGUCAUAUCACGCCUCUGCCGCAGAGGAAGAGACGCGGGAACUCCAGGUAACCGCGGUAGCCACAGUGCCGUCCGCCCAGUCGUUGCGUCUCAUGGACUUCAGCUUCAGUGACUUUGAUUUGUCAGACACAGAAACCACCAUGGCUACAAUCCGGAUGUUUGUCGACCUCAAUCUGGUCCAAAACUUCCAAAUGAAGUACACAAGUUUAUGCCAUUGGAUUCUGAGUGUGAAGAAGAACUACAGGAAGAAUGUGGCCUAUCACAACUGGAGACACGCCUUCAACACGGCCCAGACCAUGUUCACCCUGCUGAAGUCCGGACGCCUACAGAAUAAACUGAAUGACUUGGAGGUCUUGGCUUUGAUGAUUGCAACUCUAAGCCACGAUCUGGACCACAGAGGAGUCAACAACUCCUACAUACAGAGGAGCGAGCACCCUCUUGCCCAGCUGUACUGCCACUCCACCAUGGAGCACCACCACUUCGACCAGUGCCUGAUGAUCCUCAACAGCUCUGGAAACCAGAUCCUGAGCGCCCUCUCCCUGGACGAGUACAAGGCCACUCUGAAGAUGAUCGAGAGGGCUAUUCUGGCCACUGACCUGGCUCUGUACAUGAAAAGGCGUGGUGAAUUCUUUGAGCUCACAAAGAACAGCCAGUUUGUUUGGGAGGACGAACAUCACAGAGACUUACUGAGGUCAAUGCUGAUGACGGCGUGUGACAUCUCAGCCAUCACCAAGCCCUGGCCCGUGCAGAAGAGGGUUGCCGAGCUGGUAGCCACUGAGUUCUUCGAGCAGGGGGAUAAGGAGAGGCGGGAGCUGAACGUUGAACCCAUCGACCUGAUGAAUCGGGAGAAAAGAGAUAAGAUUCCCAGCAUGCAGGUGUCCUUCAUUGAUGCCAUCUGCACUCAGUUAUAUGAGACCUUGUCUGGCAUGUCGGAGUACUGCUCCCCGUUGUUGGAAGGAUGUCAGAAGAACAGGCAGCGUUGGAAGUGUUUGGCCGAGGAGUGUGAGAAGGGGCUGGGUAACGGCUUCAUGUGAUCCCAACACGAGUUUGAUUUUAAACCAACAUUAAUAAUGUCCAUGGUUUUCCAUGUCCAACCUGGUCUCACGACAUUUCAUGACAUUUGCAUGAGAUCUAAACGGACAAAUAUGAGUCUUUGUGUGAAAAAAGGUUCAGUUCCCAACUUUUACCAAGAGUUUUUCUAAAUUAAGAAUAAUUCCAGUUACCUAGAACUUUGAUCUUACUUUCAUAGAGCCCACCCUUCCUAUUUGUGAUGAUAAGGUUGUACUCACUAAACCUUAAUAAGACUAAGAGCCAGGGACAGCCAAGCUUUGAGUUGAAUGCUAACACAAGCAUGCUAGCAGAAGCACAAUGCUUUCAUGCUGACGUUGAGCGCAUAGUGUUGCUGUAAUGUUUAAUGUUUCCUUAUUAACAGCUAAUAAACAGCUGAUUAGCACUAAAGCUAAUUAUGAUGGGAAAGUCAUUUGUUUCUGAGCCUCUAGUCAUUAGCUAAAGUAUUGCUUCAGGAAGCGGAUCACCAAAGUCAUUAGAAUUAGUGCUCUUUGAACAAUAAAUGUCUGUACUCAUUUCAUUGCAAUCCAUCUAGUAGAUACUGAGAUACUAAGUACUGGGGGCCGACUAAGAUUUUAAGGGUUUAAUGGUUUUGCAUAAUUUAAUAAAACACAAACAUCCUAGAAAACAACAGACCAGCAGUGCAGGAAGAGGCAAAACAAAACGUGGGCUUAUUUAAAGCCUCUACCUAAAUAAUGUUAAAAAUAACAAUUGUAUACAAACACAAGAUCAAGAAACUAACAAUUGCUUAAAUUCAAUACAAAUUUCAAACUUUAAGAGCAAUAUGUGCUAUAGUUACAAUUUUAACAUAAUAACACUGAAACCGGGCAUCAUACAUGGGUCAAAGCAGCGAGGUACACUUGUUUGUUAUGGUUGGAAGGCCUGCAACGGAUGGUGAAUUAACCUCUACAAGUCCAACACUUAGGGGUCCUCCAGGCUAAAGGUUCCUUUGCCACAUUAAGUUGGUGUGGUUAGCAGUCUGUGUUGAAGCUAACCGUGAGGCUAACAAAACUCCAUGUAAAGGAAUGAGUUGGGAUGAUCUGGCUAAGCUUGUUUACAUCCCUCCGAUCAUCCCACAGCACAUUUCUGGCCCAGCCGGAUUCUGUACCCAGAUCUUAGCGAACACUUUAGUGAGUACGUGUCAUAGCAGGUACAAAUGAUUACUAAAUCUGUGAAAGUAAGACCGAAUAAAACAUUAAACAAAUUGAUAAAGUAUCUUAAGCUAACUGUUAGCCUACUGUUUCACAAACAGGUAUGAUCCUUGUUCCAGAGGUCAUGCUCAUUUUAGGGAAACUUUGUGAGACUCGUCUUCCUGUCAUCACGUUAUUUCAUGGCUGUCACUAGAGAACAUAACAGUCAGCACUAAGCUAUAUUUAUUAUAGUAGCCUUUUUUCUUUUCUUUUUUUGCACAGAGUGACAGUCAUGUUGAAGUCUCACUUACAUUAUCUCUCACAGUUAGUAUAUUUUAGGAAAACACUGAAUAGUGAUACAGAUCUCUGGGGAUCAGCACCAGUUUGGUGGAGACAGAUAUUGUACUGUAGACAUAUGUACAUAAUAUACAUUACAUAGUGUCACAAUAAUCUGAGAAACUUGUUAAGUGUGUCUUCAUUCACAGCACUACAAGGGUUUGAGCCUUUUGUAAUGUUUUCACUCAUUGUCUUAACUAUUGUGUAUUUAUUUUUGUUUUAUGUAUUUAUUAGAGUUUCUAUAUUGUAAGGUCAGUCUUUUGUCAACAGCACACAAUUCUUUAUAUAGUAAAAAGCAGUUUUCAUAUUUAAAAAAACCCUAUUUUUGAAGUACCUUUCUUAGGAACAACACUUCCGGGUGCCAUUUGGAUGUGUACUGUUUUGUAUUGCUGUUUCAAAGAAAAGGCCCGUCAUUUCAAAAGGGAAAUGGGUCGACGUUUUCCACUGCUGUUAUGAUAGAAUAGGAGCCAUUCACAAUUCAAAGGAAUGUUUGUUUUAUAUUUUUAGAAAUUGAAAGUUGGAGCAACCAGUGUUAUGAUUUACUAGUAUGACGUUUCUUGCAUAUCCACCAACAAUAGAACAGAACUGAAAAUCAACCAAUAAGAUUGUGUAAUCUAGCCCGGGUACACCGUAUUGUAUAAACAGUGUCCUAUCAAAUUGAAAUUAAUCUUAUUAAAGCUGGUCUUCAAUUGAUAUACAAGAAAUGUAACACACUUUAAAGAAUGGCCAAGAGUUCAGCCCGGGUUAAUUAAAGGUCCCAUGUCAUGGCCAUUUCUACUGAUCAUAAGUCCAUUGUUGAGGUCUACUAGAAUACAUUUAUAUUGUUCAAUUUUCCAAAAUCACAUUGGUUUCUCAAACAGCAUCUCUGUUAGUAUGUGUAUUCACUAAAUGUCACUCUGGGGCAGCACAGACAGGUCUUUUCUGUGUUAGAGUUGUACUCGCUACAGGGUGCACUUUGAGGGGUUGUGGCUCUGCAGACCGUUUACAUGCAGAAAAAGCUUCAUAACACAAGGGGACGGUAAUAACCAGAAAAGCAUGACAUGGGACCUUUAACUCUCCAUUCAAAAUGAUUAUGAAUGUAUCAGGGCUAUAAGCAUGACACCGUUUCUUAGUGUUCAUUCCUUUAUAGUAGAACAGUCCAUUUGGAAAGUAUAGGAAUGUGAAAGUGAAGUAGUCUGAAUACCUUUUGGCCACAUUUUUAAACCGGUUUCAACCAAGGAGCAUCUUUCAACUUCAUCAGAGCAAUGAGAAACAUAUUAGUAAUAAAGACUUUUGUACACGUUCCACAUUUUUGUUCUUUUCUUGUAAAUGACAGACCUCAACACAUUUCUAAACUAGGACUGGGUAUCAUUUCAAAUGAUUUAUGGUCAUGACAGUACCACGUCCAAGUGUGCCGGAUUUUAAGUAGGCAGGACUCAACUUGAUUACGUCUGUUGACCCUGUCAACGGCUCACAUCUGAACACAUGUGAGCCGUUGACAUUAAUGCUCGUCGCAUUAAAGAUUCCCAGCAGAAAACCAACGUGGUAGACGAACAAGAUUUAUAUCUCUGCAGUUUCACAACACAUGGACUUACAUCUAACUGUGCUGUUUCUACUGACAGUCACUGCUCCACCAGGUUCCACUUCUUUCUAGCAGACAGCGAUUGGGACAGUAAUUGGUGUUGAGCUCUGCCUACAAGCUCUAUAUCAACUGUCUCAGCUACACUGAGCAGUGGACCAUCACACACUAUGAAACCUGCGUGCAAGUUUUACAUAUGCUAGGAGUCAGGUUAUUUGAGGGUUAGUUAACCUUUAAGCUAAGUCUGGACUGAGUUGCAUUUCUGAAGCUCAGUUAAACAGAUCAUUUCAAGUUACAGUAUCUACGAAGUUUCAUUAAGGUCAAGAGCAGUGUCUGCCCAGGCUGUUAUAAAGUGUAGUUAGUAUCAGUACGCUCAGUAACACCCAGGUAGGUUUGACUAACAGCCCUGUCUUUACUAAAGCACUUAUCCAGACACAUGCUCAGAAUGCUGUACCAGUGGUUGUUUUGUAUCCUGAAUGUCUCCAGGACUUAGUACAUGUGCCUGACCUCUGUGCUUCUUCAAUACUAAAUAUAUAUUUCCUUACUGCUUCAGUCUCUGGGUUGUUCCAGAGAUGUUGUUUUCUAAGUCUAAAAGUUGCAUGUACAUUAGAGGGCAUUACACCAGUAAGAUGUUUUUUAGAUAAGAGAUUUUCCGAUGUAAUAUGCCUUUAUAAAGGAGGUGUUCUGUCGACACCACUGAACACUGUGAGCCAAGUAAACUGUAUGUUACAAUAAAGAUAAUGAUUAUU